AUGGCGACCGACACAUUAUCCUCCUCAAACCUCGAUGAACACCGACCCUCAUACCUCGCGUCGCAACUCCUGGCGCACGCGGCACCCGCCUACUCCUUCAGCUUCACACCGUUCCUGCAACGCACCUAUCAGCACUCCCUCCCCCCGGACCGACCCAUCUGCAAAGCCUACCUCGCAGGCAACUGCCCGCUCAAAUCGCGGUGCCCCGACCGCCACGCCACCUCGGCCGCGACGGCCCCCGGAGGCGGCGGCGGUGGUGGUGGUUUCGGCUCGCUGGUCUGCAAGCACUGGCUUCGGGGCCUCUGCAAGAAGGGCGAGACGUGCGAGUUCCUGCACGAGUACAACCUGCGCAAGAUGCCCGAGUGCAACUUCUUCGUGCGCAACGGCUACUGCAGCAACGGCGACGAGUGCCUGUACCUGCACAUCGACCCGUCGUCGCGGCUGCCGCCGUGCCCGCACUACGAGCGGGGGUUCUGCCCGCUGGGCCCGCGCUGCGACAAGAAGCACGUGCGCCGGCGCAUGUGCCCCUUCUAUCUCGCCGGCUUCUGUCCCGACGGGCGGGCGUGCAGGGAGGGCGCGCAUCCGCGGUGGGUGCCGGAGGGCCAGUUGGAGAAGCCUAAAGCGAAGGAAGAGAGGAAGGAGGAGGUGGGCGGUGCUGGUGGGGCGAUGGAGGACAGGGAGCGGGAGCUUCAGAGGGAGCGGGAGCGGGAGAUGGAUAGAGGGGGGAGAGACAGGGAGAGAGAUGGCGAGAGAGGCCACGAUGGGCGACAUAAAGAUCGGUUCGGAGGCGGUAGGGGCGGGCGGUGGCGAGGGAAGGGCGGCCGGUUCAGGGCCAGAGGGCAUUAA